CCUGGCAAACAACUUUAAUAAAAUAAUAGGUAUAUUGUUCUUUGUUCCAAUUGGGUAUUAUGGCUAGCUCUGUUGUGUUUAAGCUGGCAUGCUUUGUGUUUGCGUGCAUUGUGGUAAGUAGUGCACCAAAGGCCGAAGCAGCAAUACAAUGUGGCCAAGUGGUGAGGUACUUAACCCCAUGCAUUUCUUAUGUGGCCAAUGGUGGCACUGUACCAGCUGAAUGCUGCAGUGGGAUCAAGUCUCUCUACAGCUUGGCUCAUACCACAGCAGACCGCCAAAGCGUUUGCAAGUGUCUAAAGCAAGCUGUGAGUGGGGUUCCAUACACUGCUUUCAAUCUUGGUCUUGCAGCUGGACUUCCUAACAAAUGUGGAGUUAACAUUCCUUACAAGAUCAGCCCCUCUACUAACUGCAGCAACGUGAAGUGAGGAUGAUCAAGGAAGACUAAUUUGCCUAUGCAGGAUCUAGUAGCGUGAGAAUAAAUGGGUGCUCUAGCUAGUCCCUCCUGGUGCUCUACUGGACUGUGUUUUGUGCUGCUUAUAAUGUCUUUUUCUACUAUUUCUAUGUCAUCAAGUUAUAAUGCCUUAGUCAGUCUUGCUUUUAGCUUCUAGCUGCUUGGCUGAGAGCAUCUCCAAUAAAUGCUCUAUCUCUACUUUUUCUCCAAAAAAACUCACUGUUUACGUUCCAUCAGGUUCUCUAAACACACUACUUUUUCAAUUUAUUUUUGAA